AUGCACACGCAGUCCUUCCUCGCUUCUCUCGCCCUCAUCCCGCUUGUGGCUGCCUCCAGCUCCCUUGGCUGCUUCUCCGCUGUCCCCGACCUGAAAGACGUCAAACAGUACACAUUCCAGUCCCAUGAGUUCUGCAUCGACCAAUGCACCGAAGCUGGCUUCCACAUUGCGGCUCUGAAGGAUGGCAUCACAUGCGGCUGUAGCAAUUCCACCCCGCUGUCCUCCGCUAAGGUCGACGACGAUAAAUGUGACCAGUACUGCGCCGGCUGGCCCGAGGAUAACUGCGGCGGCAUCAAUGUCUACACCGUUCUAACUACGGGCGACUACCACGGAAGCUCCAACUCGGUCUCCAACAACGCUGUCCCUGCCAGAACGGGCCGCAACAUCGUAGCCCCAACUGUGAACCCCUCUGCCAUCCCGACAAAUAUCUUGACUGCUCCCUCCUCCAUGGGAACCAAAGCUGGCAUCACUGCCCUUCCCUCCGCCGCGAAGUCUAAUGCCGCUGCGGCCGCUAUUACUGCUGCAACUACUUCCUCCACUACCCCCUCUGCGACACCCAAUGCGGCUGAUACUCUGUGCACGGGCUCCCUCGUUGGCGCGUUUUUCGCAGCCUUGAGCUUGCUGCUAUAA